AUGUCACCACCACCCGCCCCCACAACAGGCCACUGCCUCUGCAACCUCGUCACCUACCGCAUCUCGGGCUCCCUCGCCCCCAACCUCGCCUGCUUCUGCACCAACUGCCAGCACAGCAGCGGCAGCGCGUUCUCCUGGCUCCACGGUUUCAUGCGUGCCGGUGUCGCCCUCGAGAUCACUAGCGGUCAGAAUGUGAUUAAGAAGUAUGAGGAUCGGGAUACUGAGAGUGGGGGACUGGUGGAGAGAUGGUUUUGCUCGUGCUGUCGAAGCCCCAUUAUUGCUGAUACGGAGAAGUUCACCUUUGUGCAUGGUGGGACUAUUGAUGGGGAGAAGGUAGCGCCCGAGUUUGAGUUCUUUGAGCAUGAUGCGCCUGACUUUGCUCCGAGGUUCAAGUCGCUGGCGCAGUAUUUCGAAAGCGAGUAG